AUGGCUCAACCAGUUAAAUGUAUUCUAUAUCUUUACAUUUUUAUGCCAUCCACUCUAGCAGCAGAAUAUCUGGUACGAACAGGACCUACAGUAACACUAGAAGUUGCUAAACAAGGUGCUAUUUAUCAUGGUUUAGCUACUCUCUUGUCACAACCAUCACCGUCAAUGAGCAGAGGCACGUUCUCCACGGAUACGACGAGCCAAUUGGAUGUCUUUGGGCAUGAUGGUGACACGUUUAGCGUGGAUAGCGCAAAGGUUAGUAUCUUCAAAAAGACCAACGAGGUAAGCUUCGCUAGCUUCCUGGAGGGCCAACACUGCAGAGCUCUGGAAUCGUAG